UGUUUGUUAAUCUUUGGUGCAGCGCGUCUCAGUGCGCUUCCCCGUACCGUACGUAUAAUUUGCACCUGGCUCUUGUAGAGCGUGUGGAUAUGCAUUUUGAGCUCCUGUAAAUGCACCAUGCCAUCCAGCCAUUUUGUGUGAAGCUGUGGAUCUUUUGAGCCCACAACCCAGAAUUGCUUCAAUGGAAGAGAGAGGAAGAAAGCCUGUUAUCACCUACGCCGGCGAGCCACAGGUGUUCCGCCUGCUGCAGAACAGCCUAGUGCAUGGCCUGCCGCAGGAGGAGGUGGAGUGGCGGCGCAGCUACGGCCGGCCGCCGCGCCACGUCACCCUGGAGGCCACCUUCGAGCCGUGCUCAGAGGCUACGCUCACCGACGACAUGAGCACCCUGGUGCGCCGGCCUUGCCUGCACACAUUCUGGACCGACUGCCCGGAUAACGAGACGUACAAGUCGUCGACCCGGGACUCGCUGCAGUCGUGGUUAGCCAUGCUGCGACAGCACAACGUGGUCGACUGGCUGGUGGUGGUGGUGGAGGCGGCGGACGCGCGCAGCAAGGCCAACAAGCUGCUGCCCCGCUCCUCGGUGCUGGAUAAGGUCAAGGCUGACAUCAACAGCAAGCACGGCGACAGGUGCGUCACGCUCCUGGACCCAUCCAAGACCGAUGCUCGCUCCGCCGGCUCCCUGCACAACCUGCUGACGAAGCUGCGCCACUUCCUGCUGAUCGGCUUCAACCGCGUGCUGGUGCGGUUCGAGGACGCCAUGCGGAGCCAACGUGAGAAACGGACCUCGUCCAACUGGAGCUUCGGCGCCUAUUUCCCGCUGCAGGAGGAGCUGGCGUUCGUAUUCCAGCAGCUGGGUCUCUGCGACGAGGCGCUGGUCCAGUACGACGAGCUGGACGCGCUCUUCACGCAGUUCAUACUGAACUCCUGCGCCGGAGAGACGCCCCGCUGGCUGGAGGCGUUCUCGCAGCCGGUGACGGAGUGGCACGGCCUGUCCGUCCCGGCCAGCUGCUCGGACGCCGUGCGAGACGCCAUCCGCAACCAGAGCGUCUCCCUCCUGGCCUUCCGGAACUACCUGUACGCGCGCCAGUGUGUGCUGCUGCAGGCGCUGGACCGCACUGCCGAGAUCGCCCAGCGCACGCUCAACUUCCUCUUCAACACCAUCAACGAGCUGCGCCUGAUGCAGCUGGAGAUACAGCCAGGUGGGCUGGCCUGCUGGGCGUUCGGCACCUGCAUGAACGUGCUGGACAUCUGCAGCGAGAUCCCGGCGGACACGGCGGCUCAGGAGGCCGUCGGCGUCUACACCGCCAGCCUGUAUGACCAGGCCCGGCUCAAGCUGUACGGUCUGGGCGAGCUGUGCGGUCUGCUGCCGGGCGAGCGCUCGUCCUCGGCCCAGCUGCACCUGAUGGUCACCCUGUCGGCCGGCAUGGGCGACUCGCCGGCCGCUGACAAGCUCAAGGACGCCCUGUCCAGCCACGACGCCUUCCAGAACUGCUACCUGGAGCUGUCGGAGCUGGCCAUGGGCACGUACAAGCACAUGGGCCGGCUGCGCUCGGCGCGGCUCGUGGGCCGCCAGCUGGCCACGUUCCACCUGCGGCUGGGCCAGGCGGCGCACGCCGCCUCCCUGCUGACGGACGCGCUCAAGACGUACCAGGAGGAGGGCUGGGGUCAGCUGACCGCCCAGCUGCUGCUCCAGCUGGCACAGUGCUACCAGAUCAUGGACGACCACCAGAGGUACACCCAGACGUGCGCCAUGAUCGCAGGGAGGGAGGAUGUCACCCAGGAGGCGAGGCUGCAGUACGCCAAGCAGCUGGUGGAUAUAGCCUCUACCAAACAAACCCGUGUGGUGACCUCCGGCGAUGACCUGCUGCUGGUGCGGGCGGUGCGGCUGUCGGAGCCCGACCGGGAGCCGUUCCCCGGCGCUCGGGUCGAGGUCGUGCUGGACUCGUGCCGGGCCGACGUCCAGCUGGCCGAGCCGCCCGAGCAACUGAGCAGGAACACCAGCUCGGCCAGCACGUCCAGCUCCGGGUCAUCCCGCCGUGACACCGGCCAGCGGCCCGACUCACCUGCCGCCCUGCUAGGGCCGGCCGACGACCGGCUCCAGCUGGAGGAGAACAUCGAGUACAAACAGGACAAGAGUCUCAGCGCCGCCACGCUCAUCUGCCGCAACAUGCUCCGGGUGCUGAGACGCAAGGACAGCCAGCCGAGCGUAGGCCGCCGCGGCCAGCUGCCGGCCGGCGCGUUCGACGUGAGCCUGGAGCAGCGGGACGUCACCCUCCAGCCGGGCACCAACCGGCUGACGCUGGCCGGGCAGAUGGAGAGCCCGGGCUCGUUCGUGGUGCAGCACCUGCAGUUCCGCUGCACUUCCCUCGACCUGAUGGUGGAGCUGGAUCGCGCGCUCCGGUUCACCGUCAAGUCGUCGCCGCACAAGGUGUCGCUGAACAAGGCCGAGCCCGACCUGCUGGCCGGAACCGUGCAGCAGAUGACCGUGGCCGUGGCGUGCGGCAGCGAGCCCAUGACCCAGGCGAGCCGGCUGCGGCUGCAGUGCUCCCGCGGCCUGACCGUGCGCCGCUCGGACACUACGGCCGACCAGUGGGUGGAGCAGCUGGAGCUGCCGCUGCCGCCGCUGGCCGCCUUCCAGACCGUCACGCUGCCUGUGUCGGUGCUCUCCCAGCUGGCGCACGUCAAGGACGGCGUCAGUCUGCUGCACAAGGUGAACAUCUUCUGUCCCUGGAGUUCGCUACCGGUGGAAGCGGAGCUCUACUUCCUGCUGCCCUUCUCCGUCAAUUUCAGGCUGCACACGGCCCAAGUCAGGAAGUUUGUUCAGGUGAUGAUGCACGGCCUGAACACGACGGCGUUCGAGCUGACGCAGCCGAGCGCUGUCGUCAUCAACGACGCCCCAGUCACGCUCACCUCCCUCAACGCCAACGCGGAGAGCGUGGUGGUGUGCAGUGACCGGAGCGUCUCCUACCUCUGGGAGAUGGGCCUGGACGAGGCCACGCCGCCCGUUCGCGCCCAGUUCUGCGUCGACUACCGCGCCGUGGACGCCGACUCCAAGCAGCGCUUCAAGUUCGACUUCACCGUCGCCGACUACAGGACGCUGUUCAGCGUGACGUGCCGUAUGGAGCCGCUGAAGGGGGCCGAGUUCUGCCGGUCCGGCUCCAUCUGCCAGCUGCACGUGACCGUGACGCAGGAGGACAGCUGCGCCGACCUGCGCGCCGUCAUGUACGAGGUGCUGGCCGACCAGAACAUGUGGGCCGUCUGCGGACGCAGCUCAGGUGUGCUGAACAUGGGCCCGGACACGCGCCACUCGCUGCAGCUGGAGGUGAUGCCGCUGACGGGCGGCUUCCUGCCGCUGCCGACCGUCCGGCUCAGCCGGUACAUACCGGCCAACAAAGAGCCGGCCAACCGCCUGCUGAACGCCGGGUCUGGUCUGCCGAGGCUGGAGCCGUUCGCGGUGGGCCAGGUGUACAGCGCCUCGCGCGGACAGCAGGUGCACGUGCUGGCGGCGACGGCGCCCGGUCCGGCCUCCUCCGCCACAGACAGCUCGCUGACCUAGAACAGCGACGGACGGGCUCCGUCCAGGGCGGCUGCUGUUGGAAUCUGAGCCCCUCGGCAGCCUCAGGUGCUGGUUUGGGAGACCGGCCGGCUGGUUUGGGGGGCCGGCUCCGUCCAGGGCGGCUGCUGUUGGAAUCCGAGCCCCUCGGCAGCCUCAGGUGCUGGUUUGGGAGACCGGUCGGCUGGUUUGGGGGGCCGGCUCCGUCCAGGGCGGCUGCUGUUGGAAUCCGAGCCCCUCGGCAGCCUCAGGUGCUGGUUUGGGAGACCGGCCGGCUGGUUUGGGGGGCCGGCUCCGUCCAGGGCGGCUGCUGUUGGAAUCCGAGCCCCUCGACAGCCUCAAGUGCGGGUUUGGGAGACCGGUCGGCUGGUUUGGGAGGCCGGCUCCGUCCAGGGCGGCCGCUGUUGGAAUCCGAGCCCCUCGGCAGCCUCAGGAGCUGGUUUGGGAGACAGGCGUCGGGAAUCCUGUCAUCAUUCUGUUUAGUCUGGCUGGGAAUCUCGUCGGGCCCCCUUUGGCACGUGCCGAGUUACGGAAAACCUUCUAAACGAGAGCCGUAUAGUAUUCGUCGAUAUAUGUAAGAUAUACAUGGUAUUCUAAAUCCAUGGAUGUACCGCCGCGCUACAGCUGACGGUAAAGUGGCUCUCAGCUUGCGUUGUUACUGUGUGGGAAUGCCAAGUCCUUUUCGUGUAUGUCGUGAAAUCUAUGAAUUUCGUCGAUCGCGGCAGGCACUUGUAGCGUAAAAGAAUGCUGCUUUGAUGUUUCGUUUACUGUUAUCGUCCAUCUUAAGUGCUUUUGCGCGAAGUUUUGGGAAAUACAACGUGGUAAGUGACUUUUUAACAGUCACGUUUUGCAACUCCGGGUGUAUUUCCGUCGUUUAUUGCUCAGCUGAUUGUUGGAGGUCGCUGACUGACUUAAGCUAGAAGUAUGUCGCAAGUUUCUUUUUUGUAUUGAGAUGGUCGGAAAAGGUGUCUGACGUCAUGUUUCUUGUGCUUCCAUUGCUGUUACUUGUGAAGGCAUCGCCCAAACUAUUUUGUGCUGCUGCCUGUGGGAUGUUCCAUCGUGCGCGGGCUGCCAUUUUGUGAACAUGAGCAUGCACAAAACCUUGGCGUGCGCCUCAUCGGGUGGUGGUGUGUCCUAGUUGUCUCCGACAGUUGUAUCCGGGGUAAUGGGGUCUCGAAGCAAAGUUUCGAGACGCUUUAAUCGGGCCUGUGAUCUGUUGUCUCGCCUGCCUUCUGCGGGGAUGAGGGUGUCGUUUUCGUAUUCCAGUGGGUGACAGUCUGGUCACCGAUAGUUGAUAUGAUUGCGCAACUAUCAGUGAAACGAGAGGUAUACAGCGUUGGCCAAUAUAUUUAUAUAUGUCUUGUAUGUCCCUAAAACUAGAAUAGGCCAGAACACAAGGAGCACACUAGCGCACCAAGCGCACUAUAGUGGGCUCCUUCUGCAGCAAUCUCCAUGUAGCAGAAGGUAGGCAUACACUGUUGUGACCGCUAUGCACGGAUUUGCUAUAACGGGAUGUAUAGAACGUUGAGAUCUUCGGCUGUCGCGAGUUUAUGCUGCUACAAUAUGCAAGCCUGCCUAGCUGUUCACUCUGAUGCGGUCUUGUGUUUAUUUGGUAUGCCACGGCUGUGUGCACGAAGAAAGAUGCGCCGCCAGACUGCUACCGCUGUUCAUUGGUACUGAAACAAGCGUGCGCGAGGCGGCAGGUCAGGGCUGAGCUUUGAUGCCUCAGUCUGUGACCGAUAAUAUAUCAACUUUGGUA